CAUCAAACAGUUUUUGUCAUACAGUUGGUUGUUUUUCCAAACUUCGUUGUUUAAUACGCCGCUCAUUUACCAUUUUAAUUUAAACCGUUUAAUUCUAUUUCCCUUUCCGUUUAGGGAACGGUUUACGUAACAAUAACACUUUUUAAAACUGCAGAUUUUAAGGUUAUCAUUUACUUUAAUCGUUGUAAUACGAGUGAAAGUGAUGACAGAGCUAUAGCGCGGCAAACAUUCAGUGCAGCUUACAAAACAUCGCAAAUAAUUUACGCUUAUUAAAGAAUUUUGUUAAAAGACUUGUUACUCAUUGAAAAACGGUUUGCAUAGUGUCUUCUAGUCAGUACUUUAGUAAUUGUUUACCAUUCUGUGAUACCACUGGAUUGGAGUUAGGAAAAGUAUGGCGACGGACGGCGCCAAUGGAAGGUCAAGCCAUCAGAUAAGCAUUAGCGGGAAGGGUGGUCCCGGCAGCUCUGCAAUCUGCUCCCUUACUAAUGGCAACAAUGACCACGAUUCAGAUGUGGGGUCCGAAGAAGAGAUGGAACAUGACGGUUCAUCUACCUGCGGCAGUGCAUCAGCCGUGACGAUAAGUACAAAUGCGACGAGUAGGUCAAAUACCCCCCUGAGCCACCAAGAUGGCCCUAUAAGAAAAUCCGGGGGAAAUAAUCGUAAAAGGAAACGUCCAGGUAGAACUACAGGGAAGAAACAACCCUUGCCAAAAGGGAAAUAUACAUAUGUGUGUCACAUUAAAGAAGACCACGGACAGCCAAUCUUUGGGUGUCAGUUUCAUAUUAACCUGAAGGAUGGUCAGAAUAUUUUGGCUACGGUGGGAAGCAAAAGGGUCUCUAUUUAUGAAUGCCCAAAGGGUGGAGCUUUUGUCUUAACUCAAGUGUAUGAAGACCCUGAUUCCGAUGAAAAUUUUUACACGUGCGCAUGGACGGAUGACGCAUCUGGAAACCCAUUACUUGCCGCUGCUGGAGCGCGAGGAAUUAUACGCAUAUUUUCCCCAGGGACUGGUACAUGUAUCAAGCAUUACCUCGGGCAUGGUCAUGCCAUCAAUGAUCUUAUAUUCCAUCCCAAGGACCCUAAUUUAUUAUUAUCUGCGUCAAAAGACCACUCGUUACGCUUGUGGAAUAUCAAGACAGAUUUUUGUGUCGUCAUUUUUGGAGGGGUUGAAGGGCACCGAGAUGAAGUAUUGGCCGCCGAUAUAGAUAUAACUGGAUCACGUUUAGUGUCAUGUGGGAUGGACCAUUCCUUAAAAGUUUGGAAAUUGGACAAGCCUGAAAUAGAGGAGGCAAUCUUGUCAUCCUACAUCUACCACCCGAAAAACUCCAAACCAUUCCCCACCAUGAAGCAAAAUUUUCCGGAUUUUUCAACAAGGGAUGUCCACAGAAACUAUGUGGACUGCACAAAGUGGUUCGGAGAUUUCAUAUUUUCAAAAUCUUGCGAAGAUCAAGUGGUGUGUUGGAAAGCUGGGAAGACUUUUCAAACGUGGGAUGAUGUUCACCUCAAUACCACCGAGGCGUCAAUCAUCACAAGGUUGGAUAUCAAAGAUUGCGACAUCUGGUUUAUUAGAUUUUCUUUCGACUAUUCCAAGAAGAGUAUGGCCCUAGGUAAUAAAAGUGGAAAAACGUUCAUUUAUAAUUUAGAUGUGGUAGAACCAAGCUUGAUAAAAGCCAGUAUUUUAACCCAUCCAAAAUGCGUUACUGCUAUCCGACAAACGGCAUUGUCGAGAGAUGCGUCAAUUUUAAUUUGCGUUUGCGACGAUGGGACCGUUUGGAGAUGGGAUAUAAAUAAGGAACAUAGGGAAGACAUUAUUGAGAAAUAAUGGUAUUCGGUGUGUGUUUGUAAUAAUUGGAAAAUCGGAGUACGGCAAAAAUGAUAUGCCAUAACGAACUUUGUUUAAUUUGUUUUUAUACUUGUGUCCAUUUUUAGCCAAAUUUAUUUUCAAAGGUUUAUAGCUUCAUGUAGUAAUACGACAUGGACACAUAAUGUUAUACACAUGUUAAUUAAAUUAUAAAUUACAUAGAUUUACAAUACUUUUAUCUAUCUAAAAGGUCUCAAUGUAAAAAAAUAAACUAGACGGAUGAAUUACCUACUAA